GCGAAUGUUUCCCCCAUGGGUGCUCCCAGAGUGCUGCCCGUUCUACACGCCGGCGUCACGAGGCGUCCUGGGAGUGUAGGUAGAUGUAAUCGGAGAUGACAGAGAAGAAUUACAGAAAAUACAGGAGACAGUAAUGCCAAACAAUGAAUAAUCGCUUCAAACAUGACACUAUAUCUGCAUUAUAGCUGAACACAUACUGAACAUAUGCUAGAGAAGAAAAUGAAUCUGGAGGAAAAUUGGUGAAUCCAAUCCAGUGGACCUACAAGCACCCUGACAGGCUCAGAAAGCAGAGUCUGGACCAAAGAGCAAUUACCCCACCAAACGAUUUCAGAUGGAGGUGGAUGCAGAUGAGAAGCGCCAUCGCACACGCUCCAAAGGUGUUCGAGUUCCCGUGGAACCAGCCAUACAAGAGCUGUUCAGCUGUCCUACUCCUGGUUGUGAUGGCAGUGGUCAUGUUAGUGGCAAAUAUGCAAGACACAGAAGUGUUUAUGGCUGUCCUUUGGCAAAAAAAAGAAAAACACAAGAUAAGCAACCCCAAGAACCUGCUCCCAAAAGAAAACCCUUUGUGGUUAAAGCAGACAACUCUUCAGUAGAUGAGUGUUAUGAAACUGAUGGAACAGAGGAGAUGGAUGAAAAGGAGGAGGAAGAAGAGGAAGAGGAAGAGGAGGAGGAGUAUUCUGAUGACAAUGAAGGUGAUGAGGAGGAGGAGGAUGAAGAAAUAGAUCGAGAAGAGGAAGAGGAGAUUGAAGAGGAAGAAGAGGAGGAUGAAGAGGAAGCAGAAGAUGUGGAGGAGGAGGAGGAGGAGGAAGAAGAGGAGGAAGAGGAGGAGGAGGAAGAACGUGAAAGAAAUCUCCGUUGGAGGAGCUCCAGGAACGGAUGUUCCAAGGCACCAUUUAGCCUAUAUCACAUGAAGACAUUCAAGAUGGCUUGUACUCCAGAAGACCAUCAAAUGAAUUGUCACAAUACUCGAAUAAUGCAAGACACAGAAAAAGAUGAUAACAAUAAUGAUGAGUAUGAUAAUUAUGAUGAACUGGUGGCCAAGUCAUUGUUAAAUCUUGGCAAAAUUGCAGAGGAUGCAGCAUACAGAGCCAGGACAGAAUCAGAAAUGAACAGCAAUACAUCUAAUAGUCUGGAAGAUGAUAGUGACAAAAAUGAAAAUAUUGGUCGGAAAAGUGAGCUGAGUUUAGAUUUAGACAGUGAUGUUGUUAGGGAAACAGUGGACUCCCUUAAAUUAUUAGCACAAGGACAUGGUGUAGUGCUUUCAGAAAACAUUAAUGACAGAAAUUAUGCAGACAAUAUUUCACAGCAAGAUAACAGGAAUAUGAACUUUGUAAUGCUAGGGAAGCCUAUGAACAAUGGACUUAUGGAAAAAAUGGUGGAGGAGAGUGAUGAAGAGGUGUGUCUCAGCAGUUUGGAAUGCUUAAGGAACCAGUGUUUUGAUCUGGCUAGGAAACUUAGUGAGACAAACCCACAGGAAAGAAAUCAGCAGCAAAAUAUGAAUGCUCGUCAACAUGUCAGGCAAGAAGAUGACUUCCAAGGAAGAACGCCAGAUCGGAAUUACUCUGACAUGAUGAACUUAAUGAGGCUUGAAGAACAGUUGAGUCCCAGAUCUAGAACUUUUUCUAGCUGUGCAAAGGAGGAUGGGUGUCAUGAAAGAGAUGAUGAUACCACCUCUAUUACUUCGGACAGGUCUGAAGAAGUUUUUGAUAUGACAAAAGGUAACUUAACCCUACUUGAGAAAGCUAUUGCUUUGGAAACUGAGAGAGCAAAAGCCAUGAGGGAAAAAAUGGCAAUGGAAGCUGGAAGGAGGGACAAUAUGAGAUCAUUUGAGGAGCAGCCUCCGCGACAACUUUCUGGGGAUGACAGGAAGCCUAAAUCCAGUGACGGCCAUGUCAAAAAGCCAUAUUAUGGUAAAGAUCCCUCAAGAACAGAAAAGAAAGAGAGCAAAUGUCCUACCCCUGGGUGUGAUGGAACUGGCCAUGUAACGGGGCUUUACCCCCAUCACCGCAGUUUGUCAGGAUGCCCACACAAAGAUAGGGUCCCUCCAGAAAUUCUUGCCAUGCAUGAAAAUGUUCUUAAGUGUCCUACACCAGGCUGCACAGGUCGGGGCCACGUAAAUAGCAACAGGAAUUCUCACAGAAGCCUCUCUGGAUGUCCUAUUGCUGCAGCAGAGAAACUGGCUAAAGCUCAAGAGAAGCAUCAGAGCUGUGAUGUGUCAAAAUCAAACCAGGCAUCAGAUCGGGUUUUAAGGCCCAUGUGCUUUGUUAAGCAAUUGGAGAUCCCUCAGUAUGGCUACAGAAACAAUGUCCCCACCACCACACCCCGCUCCAACUUGGCCAAGGAACUAGAGAAAUACUCUAAGACUUCGUUUGAAUAUAACAGUUAUGACAACCAUGCCUAUGGCAAGAGAGCCAUAGCUCCCAAGGUGCAAUCCAGGGAUAUAUCCCCCAAAGGAUAUGAUGCUAAACGUUAUUGUAAGAAUUCAAGUCCAACCAGCAGCACAACAAGCAGUUAUGCCCCUAGCAGCAGCAGCAAUAUGAGUUGUGGUGGAGGCAGCAGUGCCAGCAGUACCUGCAGCAAGAGCAGCUUUGACUAUACUCAUGACAUGGAGGCAGCACACAUGGCUGCCACUGCUAUUCUGAAUCUCUCCACUCGCUGCAGGGAGAUGCCUCAGAACCUCUCCACUAAACCUCAGGAUCUCUGUGCCCGGAAUCCUGAUAUGGAAGUAGAUGAAAAUGGAACCUUGGAUCUAAGCAUGAACAAACAGAGACAGCGAGAUGGUUGCUGUACCAUUUUGACACCACUGGAGCCAAUGUCACCACAACGACAAGCUGUGAUGAAUAACCGGUGUUACCAGCUGAAUGAGAGUGACUGCUGGGACUUGCCAGUGGACUACACUAAAAUGAAGCCCAGAAGGAUAGAUGAAGAUGAUUCCAAAGAGAUUAAUCCAGAAGACUUGGAUCCUUUCCAAGAGGCACUUGAAGAACGAAGGUAUCCUGGUGAAGUUACAAUCCCAAGUCCUAAACCCAAAUACCCUCAGUGCAAAGAGAGCAAAAAGGAUUUAAUAACAUGUCCAACACCAGGGUGUGAUGGGAGUGGUCAUGUGACUGGUAAUUACGCCUCACAUAGAAGUCUUUCUGGCUGCCCCUUGGCUGACAAAAGCAUUCGAAGUAUGCUGGCCACAAGCUCACAAGAACUCAAGUGUCCGACCCCUGGUUGUGAUGGCUCGGGGCACAUUACUGGGAAUUAUGCUUCACAUCGAAGUCUCUCAGGUUGUCCAAGAGCAAAGAAAAGUGGAAUCAGGAUAGCACAAAGCAAGGAAGACAAAGAAGACCAAGAGCCAAUUAGAUGUCCAGUUCCUGGUUGUGAUGGUCAGGGUCAUAUAACUGGAAAGUAUGCAUCCCAUCGCAGUGCAUCAGGGUGCCCUCUAGCUGCCAAAAGGCAAAAGGAUGGGUACUUAAAUGGCUCGCAGUUCUCUUGGAAGUCAGUGAAGACGGAAGGUAUGUCAUGUCCAACUCCAGGAUGUGAUGGCUCGGGACAUGUCAGUGGUAGUUUUCUUACUCAUCGUAGUCUAUCAGGAUGCCCCAGAGCGACUUCCGCCAUGAAGAAAGCAAAGCUGUCUGGAGAACAGAUGCUAACAAUAAAGCAACGGGCCAGUAAUGGUAUAGAAAAUGAUGAAGAAAUUAAGCAGCUAGAUGAAGAAAUCAAGGAACUAAAUGAAUCCAAUUCCCAGAUGGAAGCUGAUAUGAUUAAACUCAGAACUCAGAUUACCACAAUGGAGAGCAACUUGAAGACGAUAGAAGAGGAGAACAAAGUAAUUGAACAGCAAAAUGAGUCUCUUCUUCAUGAACUGGCCAAUUUAAGCCAGUCUUUAAUUCAUAGUCUAGCUAAUAUCCAGCUGCCACAUAUGGAACCAAUCAAUGAACAAAAUUUUGAUGCUUACGUGACCACUUUGACGGACAUGUAUACAAAUCAAGAUCGUUAUCAGAGUCCAGAAAAUAAAGCCCUACUGGAAAAUAUAAAGCAGGCUGUGAGAGGAAUUCAGGUCUGAACAGCUGCUAUAGUGGUGAAAGUCUUGCUUAAAAAAAGGAUGCCUCUUGUUUUUUGCUGCUGUAAUUUACCAGAAAGUGUUAUAUAUUUAUUUCUGUUUGAAACAGUGUUAUGCUUACAAGACUUCAUAAUGAUUUUAUGUCUUGCUUUAAAGAUAGUAACUGCAGAAUAGUUUUUUGAAUACAUUCACAUUUUGUACGUUUUCAUAUAAGCUGACAUAGUGUGAUAUGCCAUGUAAUGUUUAUAGCUGCUAAUGUAUGCACAUUUUUGGGGUAUAUAUAUUUCUGAAGAGGUAAGCUGAUCGAAAUAAAUAGAGUGUAAAUUCUUUUUAAUGCUUUAGUGAUUAAAUGUUUUAGUAUUUUGAACUGAAAUGGACAAAAAAAACAGCUUUGAAUGACAAUGUUGCGGUCUGCAGCCACUUUUUAAACACUUUAUCAUUUUGCCUCAUGUUGGAGGAUUUUAUGGGAUUUAAGAAAUACAUUUUGUGUGCAUAUUGUUUCAUAGCAAGAAUUGGUUGCAAAAAUGCUUUAUUUUUGAACAAUGCUUGAAAAUAUUAUGUGACUUUUGUUUUCAGAGGAUGGUGUGUGGUGGGGGCAAUAAAAUGAGGUUUUUUGAAAUCCAAGAAAAUGGCAUGGAUUAGAUGUAAGAUACAAAAUGGGUAAUUUAUUGUAAGACAACAUCAAGCCAUGGAAACUUGACAGAAGAUUCAAAGCAGCUUAAACAGCACUUUUUAAUUAACUUCUAAGCAUUACAUGGUAUGAAUAUGGGAACUUCCAUUAUGAAAGGAACUAUAUCAGAGGUGGACAACCUGAAGAUUUCAGCUUUUAUUUUCAAAUAAACUUUGGCACCAACAUUCUCGUAUCUCUCCUGGACUGCUUAGUGCCCCUCUGAACUAUGUCUUAUAACAAUGUAGUCCAUCUUUCAGAAACUCUGUAUUUUCAAUUUAAGAUGAAAGACAAUAUUUUAAAACUAAUAUUGCCUUUUUACCUCUUUAAUUUUGGGAUAAAGACAAAUUAUUUGUGUCUAUUGUAGUUACUGAACUGGAUUCACUGCUAGCUUUAGGAGGAAUGCAGCUCAGUAAAGAUUUUUUUCUUUUUGCUUUGCCAAGCAUUUGAUCCCAUUUUUCAUAUUUUAAUAGUUAUGUUCUGCAUUUUGUUGGAGAACAAUCAUUACUGCAGCAUUCAUGUAUGCUUUAUAUUUGUUCUACUAUUAUCUAUUGCAAAAAUGAAUGCAAUCAAAUUUUAAUGUAACUAAAUAUACUUCAGCACUUUUUUUGCUUUAA